AUGCAGCCGCUGUGGCUGUUCCUUUUGCCAUGCCUCUGCCAUGCAGCGGACCUGAACCUGCUCCCGGAUUGGGAUCAUGUUCCGUUCUUGCACGGCGUGGCAUCUGCUGAUCCUCUCAGUGACCGAGUUCUUAUAUGGACCCGUGUCAGCACUGGCUCAGACACAGAAGUUGUCUGGCGCCUCUGGCGUGAGGGUGAGCAGUCCUUUGACAGCCCUUUCAGGCAGGGGAUCGAGAUGGCCUCAGCUGGCUCGGACUUUGCCAUCACUGUGGACGUCUCAGGCUUAGCUCCGAGCUCGCAGUAUUUCUAUCAGUUCUCCGUCGCUGGAAACCGCUCCAUGCUGGGUCGGACGCGAACUGCAAGCAGGGGAUCCGAAGUGAACCUGGCCGUCGUCUCCUGCACCAGCCUCUGGAGUGGAUAUUUCAACUUCUAUCGGCAACUUGCUUUCGACGACGUGGAUGCCGUGGUGCAUCUUGGCGAUCUGGUCUACGAAAGGCCCGACCCGGACGAAUUGCUUCGGGUGCCGGACUUCCACUGCGACGAAGUGCCUGGCUCCCGCCAGAGCGAGACCGACCUGGUGAUGGAUGGCUUGCGAGAUGCCCUCUGCCACCCGUCCGACUUGGUGAGGUAUCGUGCCCUGCAGUCGGUGCACAUGUUCGAUCCCGACUUCCGGCUGGCUCGAUCCAGACAUCCCUUCAUCGUGAUCUACGACAACCAUGACGUGAACUGGAAAGAUGCAAACAGCUCGCUGCGCGCCUUCCGAGAGUGGGUGCCCAUGAGGGCACGUGAUGAGGAUCAUGCCCUGGAAGGGGGUUUUCGGCAUUUUCGCUUCGGGGAGGACGUGGUGGAUGUGUAUAUGCUUGAUACAGCCAUGGCAAACACAGGGAGCCUCCUCGGCCAGGAGCAGGAGGAAUGGCUGAAGACGCAGCUUCAAGAAUCAUCCGGCACCUGGAGGCUUUUUGCAUCGCCAAAGACCUUCAUGCCACUGGCCCUGAACAAGACAGGAGCCUCCCUCGCUGCGCCGGUCGCGUGUGUCGCGCUGCUUCUGCUGUUACAGCUCGCCUGCUGCAGGUUUCUCCCCAGACUUGCUUGUGUGAGCAAGGCUGAAACUUCGGAUCGCGGAGACGUGCAAUCCAGGGGCCUGUGUGCCAAGAGGCAUGAGGUCAGCCGGAGGAUUCUCCGCUGCUGCUCGAUGGGUGCCUGCUGUGCCUACGGGCUCUGGAGCCUCUUGGGCACCGUGGCCUGCGCCUUCCUCUUUUUGAAGUUCGACAAGUCGCAUGGUCUAAGCCCGCUCCAUGCACCAACGACGACUUGGGAGGGACAGCCUGCUUCAAGGAACUUACUCUUCGAUCAGCUGCAGCAAAGUGGCAAGGCAUCCAACAACAUCUGGGCUGUGGGGGAUAUGCAUUUCUCAUACCUCGCCGACGUGUUUCGCUUCGACUAUCUCGGCAAAGACUUGUUCUCCUACAGGCCUCAAGCACCAGUAGAAAGGUACGGUGUGGAGUUUAUGCCCGGCUCUGGCAGUCGGGGCAACAUGGACGAGAAAGCAGGCGAGCUGCUGGGUCACUUCUUCAAGCCUCCUUCCUAUCUGUCCCGCCUGGUCGGACGAGUGAUCGACUAUGUGCUCCUGCAUGCCAAUCCACAGUUCCGACAUUUCGAAGGCUCUGAACACGGCUAUGGGCUGUUGAAGAUAGCCCCGCAGAAGGUUCAAGCAAGCUGGGCACGCUUCGAUGUCCUCCGCGUCGCCAACGGGUUCACGCGGGUUUCCGGCAUGCAUGUGAAUGCUGGGGACAACAAGUGGUCUUUCGAGCCGGCGCUGUUGCAGACCACCUGCCCAGCAGGGGCCAGCUUCAGCAUUAGGCAAAUCGGCAGCUCUGUUCAGCUGGUCCAGUCAGCUGCAGCCCGGGCCGAGGCUGCGAAGUUUCGUGGGGUGAGCUAUCACAAGCGAGACCGUGUGUUCCUAGCGAGGCUAUAUGCUGGUGGCAGACCGCCCUAUAUCGGCCGCUUCCAAAGCGCUCAGAAGGCUGCAGAAGCCUAUGAUCAAGAGGUGAGAUGCUUGUAUCCAGAUGCCACUCCAGACCACCAGUUUCGGCGCAAGAACUGGUUGAAUUUUCCAUCAGAGGAGGAAGCUGCUUAUGAUGAAUCCCCGGAGCAGGCACGCAAGCGUGCGAUGAGAACUGUGGGCUCCAACCACCGCAAGGAGGCCAGAUCUUUCAAGCUGGUCGAACAGGACUUUGACGCAUCGCCCUAUUCUGAGAAGUACCAGCUCGUGCGCUUGACGGGAUCAUCCAAAGCAGAUGCUCUGUUCAAGCUGCGCGGCUCGUCACAAGCCGGUUUGCAGAUUCAGCUCAAGGCAGCAGAAAGUGAGUGGAAGCAAGGAAGGACUUACAGGUUUUGGAAUUUGCUGGGAUAUGAUGGCAUGGUGGUGUUUCUUGUGGCGCUGGAUGGUGGUCGCUUGUGGACUGCCGCCGGCGAGGAACUCAAGACGGCUCAUUUGAGCAUAACCAUGGGAUGUGCAAGCGACACUGAUCGACGGGUUGAAGACAUAGGGGCGCAUCUGGUUGCUUGCUUCAAGAACAUGAAGAAGUUUCCCCACAUGUCCUCUUCAGAGCUCCAGUGCUCCCGCACCAAUAGGGUUGAGGUUGCUGCGCACCGGCAGCUCAAGAAUUUGUUUCGCUGCUUGAACUGGAGCUUGACCUGCCCUCACCAACAUCUGUCGACAGUCGACUCCCUGCUGGAGGUUGGUGUCGGGGACCCGCUUGUGCGCUUGCAGGAGAAGGCAUCGCACUUCCAUGAGGAUAGGGGCCGGUAUGGAGUGUUCCUGCGGAAGUGCGGAGGCUCGCUCGGACGACUUGCAUAUGCUGAGGACGACUCUGACUUGCUGGUGGCCUGUGUUUUGCACAAGGAUAAGUUGCAAGGCGCCUUCCUGCUUCCCACUUCCGAAUUGGUGCGGAGAGGCUAUGUGGCCAGGAGGCCCUGCGUGCUUCCUCUGCACCCACCGUGGUCUCCGCCAAAGCGGAACAGCACCAAAGAGAAAUACGCCUGGCAGCUCGACUUCUUCCUAGACCUCCGCACUUGGCAGGGCUCCACGGAGCUGCCGGCGCCGGUGAAGAUGCGCUUGGAGAGACUCAUCUCUCAGACGCUUUGGCAGCGCCCCUCGCUGAUGGCCGCGGCUAGGGAGUUGGAAGACUCCUUGGCUGUGGCGCUCCGGUCCUCCGCGAUCGAAUGGGCCGUCAACGUGCAGAUCUGCGACCUGAUCAAGGAGAAUCGCCACCUCGCCCCCCUGGCGCUGGCACGCAUCGAGGAGCGCCUUCGCAAAGACAGCCCAUCGCCGGUGCAUCUGGCGUUGAGCCUUUUGGAGAUGCUCGUGAAGAAUUGUGGACUGAUCAUCUGCCAAGCAAUCAAUCCAGACCUCGCAGAGACCCUCGUUUCCCUCGUGAAGAAGCGGGAGAGCUGGAGGUAUGGGUUCGGCCGCAACCUGCACAAGACAGGGCUUUCAGAGUGGCUCCCGCAGGGCAUUGCCAUCGGUGAGGACCAGCGAGCACAGUGGCGGCAAGCGACGCAGAAGAUCAAGAGCCUCCCCCUCGAGACAAUCGCCUUACCUUGCUUCACAGACGUGGUGAUUACUAUUUAUUACCGGUCCAGAGAUUCGAGUGCUGAUCCUGGACGAGAAGACCUGCAACGCACUGCCGCAGCCAUUUCACACUUCGCGGUGCCCGCACGCGCGGCCGAAGAUCUGGAACGAUGGCUGAGGGCCGAUACAGAAGUUCCAAGCUCGCCGUAG